UAUACAUGUUUGAGUUGAAAAAGUGUUUCUACAAAAAAAUUAAUACAAUUUUCAUUAAUAUUUUUUACUAUUAUACAACUAUACUUUCCUGAAUUAAUUGGUAAAUUGAUGAUUAUAAAUAAAAAAGAAAUCAGAAUUACAACUAAACUUAAGCCAGAUGCAGUUCCGGUUUUUUCAAUAUCUACCAUUCCUCAACAACCAGAAUCACAAAAACAGGAACCAAAGAAAUGUUCUGUAUCUGAAACUACAACAGAAAAUUGUUAUCGAUAUACUAUGUUUUGGCUUACCAAAUUGGAUGAAAUUGUAAAAAACAACCCUUCAAUUUGUCCAAAAAAUUGUGGUCGAAAAUUUGGAGGACAAAAUCGAAAAGACUAUAUGUUAAAAAAGAAUGAUGUGUACGCUAAUGAAAAUCCUGUGUAUUGCCCGAAAAACUGCGGACGGUGUUACAAGGGUAUGUGGCGUAAAUACAACUUGCAGAAGCACUUGAAAUAUGAGUGUGGAGUAGCACCACAAUUCAAAUGCCUAGCCUGCCCAAAAAGCUUCUCGUUGAAAGCAAAUUUGAAAAUGCAUAUGCUAGUUGUUCAUAAAAUAAUUUUAGGAACUAAUCACAAUACUAUGUCAUAAUAGUUUUUGACCAUUAUAUAUAUUGACUUUAAUCACACAAUAAAGAAUGUUAACUUUUAAUUUAGUGCCAUAUAUACAAUUCGUAUAUAAUAUAUAUAUAUAUAAUAUGUUUACCAAUUA